UCCCCUCCCAGGGAUAAGGUUUAUUCUCUCUCUUAUUCAACUCCAAGCCUUGUGUGGCUCUCAAACUCUCAAACUCUCAAACUCUCAAACUCAACUCUCAAAACUCCCUUCUCUCUUCCAUAUCCAUAACGGUCCUCUACUUUCUAGAGAGAGAAGAUUGGAGUGUAGAGAGAGAAAGAAAAGGUUCAAAACCUUUUCUUGACUCCAAUGGCUACCCUUCAAGCUUCCCUGCUUUUCAAGCAUUCACUCUCUCCUAUUUCAUCCCUUUCUUCUUCAAAGCGUUUUCAGUUUUCUCGCUCUUCACCAUAUCCCAAUAACCACAAUCCGCUUUCGCUUUCUUCUCAUUUUCUCUCGACGCGAUUCCGAAACCCCGGCGGGGUUCUCACGGCGAUUUUCUGCGCAUUGCAGCCGGAGAGCGCGAAUUUGAGCCCGGAAUCGGUUGCCCCGGAGGGAGCAGCCCCCGGGGUUUCCGGUAUUGAGGAGCGGAAAGCCGAGGAGGAUUCGAGUUGGGGUUCCGCGGAGGAACUCGAGGGAAAUGCGGCGGAGAGCGAGGGAAAGGGCGGGGCUUUGGUGGCGGAAGAGAGCCGAUUGCCUUUGGUGGUGUUCUUGAUGGGGUUUUGGACCCGGGUGAGAGAAGGGUUUGAGAAGAUUUUGAUGUGGGAUUGGCUGAGUUGGUGGCCGUUCUGGCGGCAGGAGAAGCGGUUGGAGCGGUUGAUUGCGGAGGCGGAUGCGAAUCCGAUGGACGCAGCCAAGCAGAGCGCUUUACUGGCUGAGCUCAACAAGCAAAGUCCUGAGUCCGUCCUCAAGCGGUUUGAGCAAAGGGAUCAUGCUGUAGAUAGUAGAGGAGUUGUGGAGUAUCUUCGAGCUCUCGUGAUUACUAAUGCUAUUGCUGAAUAUCUUCCAGAUGAGGAAUCUGGAAAACCUUCUACUCUUCCUUCAUUGUUGCAAGAACUGAAGCAGCGAGCUUCAGGCAACAUGGAUGAGCCGUUCCUCAAUCCUGGAAUUAAUGAGAAGCAGCCCUUGCAUGUGAUGAUGGUUGAACCGAAAGUGUCAAACAAAUCACGUUUUGCACAGGAGCUUAUCUCAACAAUUUUAUUCACUGUUGCUGUUGGAUUAGUGUGGUUUAUGGGCGCUGCUGCACUUCAGAAGUACAUAGGGAGCUUAGGUGGUAUAGGAACUUCAGGUGUUGGCUCAAGUUCUUCCUACACACCAAAAGAAUUGAAUAAAGAAAUUAUGCCGGAAAAGAAUGUUAAAACUUUCAAGGAUGUUAAAGGUUGUGAUGAUGCAAAGCAAGAGCUUGAGGAGGUAGUAGAGUACCUCAAAAAUCCUACAAAGUUCACUCGCCUUGGGGGCAAGUUGCCAAAGGGGAUUCUUUUGACGGGAGCACCGGGAACUGGAAAGACUCUACUUGCCAAGGCUAUUGCUGGAGAAGCUGGAGUGCCUUUUUUCUAUAGAGCAGGAUCUGAAUUUGAGGAAAUGUUCGUGGGAGUUGGUGCUCGGCGUGUAAGAUCCUUAUUCCAAGCAGCAAAGAAGAAGGCGCCAUGUAUCAUUUUCAUUGAUGAAAUAGAUGCUGUUGGUUCCACUCGGAAACAAUGGGAAGGGCAUACGAAGAAAACACUGCAUCAACUACUUGUGGAGAUGGACGGAUUUGAGCAGAAUGAGGGAAUAAUUUUAAUGGCUGCAACAAACUUGCCUGAUAUUCUAGAUCCAGCUUUAACGAGGCCAGGUAGAUUUGACAGGCAUAUUGUUGUUCCAAAUCCUGAUGUUCGAGGUCGUCAAGAGAUAUUGGACCUCUACUUACAGGAUAAACCAUUGGCUGAAGAUGUUGAUGUUAAAGCUAUUGCCCGUGGUACACCAGGAUUUAAUGGAGCAGAUCUUGCAAACUUGGUGAACAUCGCUGCCAUCAAGGCAGCUGUUGAUGGUGCUGACAAGUUGACUGCUGCACAGUUGGAAUUUGCAAAGGACAGAAUAGUAAUGGGCACAGAGCGGAAAACGAUGUUCAUAUCUGAAGAGUCAAAGAAGCUUACAGCAUAUCAUGAAAGUGGCCAUGCAAUCGUUGCAUUGAAUACAGAGGGUGCACAUCCGAUUCACAAGGCUACAAUAAUGCCUCGUGGGUCUGCCCUGGGAAUGGUGACUCAGCUUCCUUCGAAUGAUGAGACGUCUAUUAGCAAGAAGCAGUUACUGGCCCGUCUUGAUGUCUGCAUGGGAGGAAGAGUCGCAGAGGAGCUCAUUUUUGGUCAGGACCAGAUAACAACUGGAGCAAGUAGUGAUCUGAACACAGCUACAGAGCUUGCUCAAUACAUGGUAUCGAACUGUGGGAUGAGCGAUGCUAUUGGACCAAUUCAUAUAAAAGAACGGCCUAGUUCAGAAAUGCAAUCGCGUAUUGAUGCUGAAGUUGUGAAGCUCUUGAGAGAAGCGUAUGAUCGUGUAAAAGCCCUUCUGAAGAAGCAUGAGAAGGCAUUACAUGCACUAGCGAACGCACUGCUAGAGUAUGAGACGCUUAGCGCCGAAGAAAUUAAGCGCAUCCUUCUUCCGUAUCGGGAAGGGCGGUUGCCCGAGCAACAAGAAGAGCAAGAAGAAGAAGGGGAUCUAGUAUUGGUGUGAAUAUCAUUCUCUUCUCAUCUUUAGAGUAGUCUGACCAUUCGGGGGAGCACUGUACAGUGUGUCUAAAGGCACUACAGGUAAUUAUCACGAGAUUUCUUUGAAUCCUUCGCGUCCUCGAUCGGCCCGAGCCCGGCAUGUAGUUCCUUGUUAUAGGACGUGCUAGUCUAUAGGCGGUCUAUUUAUACCCUCACAAGUUGAUUAACUGUGAAGCAACCCAAUAUCGUCUUUGCCAACAGUGCAACAAAGUCUCUUUAUGUUUGGAAAGAUCAUGUAUUUAUUUGAACUAAAACCCUUUGUAUGGGUGAAGUUUUGAUGAAUACAUUAUUUGAUACUAAAGGAACAGAGUUAUUUA